GAGAGAGGAGCAGGAGGCUGGAGAGCAGCGCGCGUCUCCAACAGAUGUAAGACUGGAGGGGGAGAGACUUUACCAGGGAUACAGAUGUUUGUGGCUGUGCCGCUCAUGCGUAAAGACCUUGGCACCGUCUUCAGAGCGCACUGGAACCACCAUGAGGAAAACACCGCUUAACUCAUAACCAUAAAUUACCAUCGUAAACCUUUAUCGUGGACACGGGUAGCCUUUAAAAACUCAUUACAAGUCCUCAGCGCCGGGGUGAGGAGAGAGGCUAAGGAGGAGAAGAAGGAGGAGGAGGAGGAGGAGGAGGAGGGAUAUAUUUGUGCGAGGACAAACGCAACAGCAGCAGACAAGAUGUGAUUUCCCCGCCGACAGCAGAAAGAAAAAGUGAAGGAAGGAACCAAAGGAGGAAAUCAAAAGUGUCAUAUGUUUUAAGGAACUGGGGAAAAAAAGAAAAUUCAACCAUGACAGCCAACUUAUAUCAGAAAGCACCUGGAGCAAUCUCACAUCAAGGAUAAAAAUUUAUUAUUAUUUUUUUACAGAGGACUUACUCUGUACUGGUGAGAUUUUCUCUGGAUAAACUUACUUCCCAGGAUUUAUACAUUUUGUUUCUCGAACACCACUCUGUUACUUUUUACAGUUUUUUUUUUGACCGUGGAUUCUCUCUCAUUUUUGCAACAUUCCCAGAAACCUGAGACAGCGCUCUACUACUAAAUACUGACCCUUAAAUUAAACAGUUGACCUGUUGCUAUACCACGCUGAGUGACUUCCUGGCCCUGGCAGAUAAAUAAACAAUGAGCUACAUCUCCAGUGAUCUAAGUGGAGGGUAAUCCCCCCUUUGCUGAACUUUUGACCUUUUUUUAGACUGAGAGAGAAUGACGGAAGUAGAAAAAAAGAAAAUGCUUCAAAAAGGAAAAACAAACAAAAGCCUGACUGAGAAUUGAUUCCAAAUCAGUGCACAUCCCUCAGCGCUCAGAUUUACAGACUUUAAUCUCACUUUUUUUUUUUUCAAACAUGGAGAAUAUCUCGUUCCCCGGCGGGGCACCGCCUCUCUGCAACGACUCUGUGGACUUCUACUCCCUGACGUCGGGGAACCUCACCGACAUGAACUGCACCCCGCCCUCUGAGUUCUACUUCUACGCUGACCUCUACGUCAUCUUACCCGUCAUCUACACGGUGAUCUGCGCGGUGGGACUGACGGGAAACACGGCCGUCAUCUACGUGAUCCUCAAAGCGCCCAAGAUGAAAACGGUGACCAACAUGUUCAUCCUGAACCUGGCCAUCGCCGACGAUUUGUUCACUCUGGUUUUGCCAAUCAACAUAGCGGAACACCUGCUGCACUACUGGCCCUUUGGCGAGGUCUUGUGCAAAGUCAUCCUCAGCAUCGACCACUACAACAUCUUCUCCAGCAUCUACUUCCUGACCGUGAUGAGCAUCGACCGCUACCUGGUCGUCUUGGCGACUGUGAGGUCAAAGCGCAUGCCGUACCGCACCUACAGAGCGGCCAAGAUCAUCUCGCUGUGCGUCUGGAUCCUCGUCAUCCUCAUCGUCAUGCCAUUCACCGUCUUCGCCAGCGUCUACGUCGACCCGAGCGACGGGAGGAAGAGCUGCCUGCUCAGCUUCCCCAGCCCCGAGGGACUCUGGUUCAAGGCCAGCCGGAUCUACACGCUCAUCCUGGGCUUCGCCAUCCCGGUGUCCACCAUCUGCAUCCUGUACACCAUGAUGCUCUACAAGCUGAGGAACAUGCGCCUCAACAGCAACGCCAAGGCGCUCGACAAGGCCAAGAAGAAGGUCACCAUCAUGGUGUUCAUCGUGCUGGCCGUGUGCCUGUUCUGCUGGACGCCGUUCCACCUCAGCACCAUCGUCGCCCUGACGACGGACCUAAGGACCACGCCGCUGCUCAUCGGCAUCUCCUACUUCAUCACCAGCUUGAGCUACGCCAACUCCUGCCUCAACCCGUUCCUUUACGCCUUCCUGGACGACAGCUUCAGGAAAGCCUUCAAAAAGAUGCUCGAAUGUCGACCGGCUUGAAUGUACGGUUUAGCAAGAUUUAUCAAAAUGUGAGAUUCCGAUUCAGAUUGUGUGAUUUGUUAAAAGCUGCACUUGGCACACUUUGCACAUUAUUUGCACAUGGAGACGAGAUGGUAUUCAUGUUUGAUUUAGCCUGUAAACACUUUCAAUUGACAAACCUGUUUAUAAAAUGCUUUAUAAUACAGUCAAAACCAAAGUGAACAUUUUUGAAUCCAGCUUCGUCUGGAGCCGUUUUUUUUUUUUUUUUUCAAACUCAUCAUUUCCAUUGGUUGGAGAAGAUCGUCUGCCAGCAAUACUGAAUGGCUCAAUCUAAAUGUCCACCACCUGGACUGAUCCUGCACACUGAUCCUUUGUGGACAUCAGUUGUAGUGGGACAUGAUGGGCGUCAUCACGUCCAGUCCUGGAGCUCGGGAGACUGCAAAGAUGUUCUCCAAUCAGCUGUAGCAUUAUGGACAACUUUGAAAUCUAAUGCAACAGUUCGACCAUUCACUCUACUUCUAUCUUCUCAGUUUUUGUUGACAUGGACAGAAAGGUGAUCAUCUGACUUCCUAUUGAAGCCAUAGUUGUAGUUGGAGGCCUAGUCGAGCGCAAUAUGACUCCAUUAACACGACAUGAGGGGAGCAAUAAAACAAAAGGAAUUAUCAAGUUUGUGACCAUGUCAACAAAAACUGAAAAUGUAGACGUGUCGUUAAAGUAGCUUAUGUUGUAUUGGAUUGAUUAGGUGGUCAUAAAAAGUUAUGGCUGGUGGUGGUAAAAGCCACAGACAGGCUCUAAAACUACAACAAAUCAAAAUGCAUUUUCAUCACUUAAUAUAGCCUGAGCAGCUUCAGAUGUCUAUAAAUAUUACGAUGUGGUCUGAGAUUAUUUCUGGCCGACAUGCUUCUUUGGACAGGUUGCAUUGUGGGUUGUGGACAGGGCAUUAGCAAUCUUCCUGGGUAUGUGCCUGCACGUCUGCACACCUCGGUCCGGUUCUGGACAUUUGGAUUGAGCCGCUCUGAGUUGAGAUGUUUUUUCUCCGUCACAGCUGGACUGGUAGCAUCCUUGCACAAUUUGCCUGGUGCAGCUUUUAACAAAAGAGCGAGAGAGGAUAUAGUGAGUUGACAGAAAUUGGCCAUGUUUCUUGCAGUAGGGGAUAAUAAUGGUUGCCAAUGACAUUCAGGACAAUGAUGGCAUGAUGGUGUCUGAAGAGGGGGGGGAAUGAAGAGGCAGUGAGCCGAGAUAUGUGACUGCAAACACGUCGUGACCUUCACUGGACUCUGAACUUUUGGAAUCAAGGGGCCUCAGACGGAGCAUCUGCUGUGUGGAGGAAAUCCAGUCCAACACAGACUUCACUGAUUUGCAUGCUGUCAAUCAACAGACGUGAUGAGAACAGUCAGGGUUGGAGGUUAGCAGCGUGCAUGCACAGAGGAUUACAUGUGCAUUGAUUAGAAAUCGUUCAUCGUUAUCCAUCAGAGAAACUGGACUUCUAUGUAUGCAAACACUUGACCUGCCUUUUUUUUAAUGAUGCAGGGUUUUCCACAAAGUCAUCUCAAAGGAGCCAGUGUGGAAACCUGAGACUUUGGAUCUGAUCUGAGUAAGCAGAGAUACACUGAACAAUAAGAGAAAAGGUUGAAACAUGAGCUCUUUAAAUGAGUAUAUUCAUUAUUUCACAGAGUGUUUAUGAACCACUUCAGAGGAACUUUAACAACCCUGACAUCAGUACUGUAGGCCUGCUUUGAAACAGGCAUGGGACAGGAGGGCUAUGUCAAACUAUGUUCUGCUUCAUGUCUUUAUUUUUCUUGUGAGACUUUGUCGCCCCCUGCUGAAAAAAGAGCAUCAUUACCUGAUAAUGCACCCAGAGCCAUUUGCAGACCGCUGUUCAUAUGGCUUGUUUCAGUGACAUGUAUGCUAAUAAAAAUGAACACUUUUUCUUCUCUUC